GCUUUGAAAUAGCGUAAUAGAAAGAAAGAUUGUCUAAAUAUCAAGGCAAGUCGGAGGCGAGUAAUUGAAUAAAUCCGAUUUUCCGGAAGAGUCACUCGCCAGAACAGGGGAAGGGAAUUCGGAACUCAAUCACCAAGUGGACCUUCCCAUUGUCUAUGCCUGCAACAAAGGAAGAGGUGAGCUACCAACUCGUCACCUCCCCUCUCGUUCCACUUCUGUCUGUUCUUUCAUUGUCAAGUGUCGGACUCUGGUCUUUUUGGAACAUGAAAGUGUUCCGUGAGUGAGAUUUCCCCUCUCUUCUUUAAUCUUUUCUUCCCAAAGCUCACUAAUUUAGUGAUAGAGGCUCUAAUGCUGCUAGCGACGGGUAGGUACUAGGAAGAGUUUACGGUAUGAAAUUUCUCGACCUAUAGCGAAAAAAUCAUAAGAGAAGAAAGCUGCUAGCAGAGGGUGGAGAAGUCGUCUGGUUAUCAAAAUUAUGUAUAGAAAUAAGAUUCGUCUUGCCGGUAAAUGCUUUAGACUGAACCUUGUUCUCUAUCCGCUAGCACGCAGACAAUAACUAGGACAAAUUUAUGGCAAAGUAAGUGUGCAUCGAAGGUAAAGAAACUCGAGUCAUAACAUUUCUACUAGUGCUUAGGUGGGCUCAUUCCGAAUGAUAAAAAAAAAAGUGCUUAGUUUCGUUGGAAAAACCAACGCAAAUAUUUACUUUAAAGUCUCUCUUUCUUUGGGGGGGGAGCAGAGCACGUUGACAGAGGUUCAUAUGAGGCGUUCAGGUGCGUUGGCUCUCUAUGGGAAUACUACACCAAGUGAUCUUCAAUUUAUGCUUUCCGAAACGGAAAUGUCUUUAGAUAGUCUGUCAAGUACCUCUUCCACUAGGUCAGACGCUGGAAGCGCCCCGACUGACCCGGUGGAGAUACUUGAUAUAAUAUCUACUGAAUCUUCGAAGUGGGUCGAUCUUAGUGGUCGGCAAUUACCUCCUGAAUGGAGUAUGCCUGACCUUGUUCGGGCGGUAAUAGCCGACGAUCGUAUUUACAAUGAGGGCUUUCUUAGAUUUUGGUAUUACGAUAUGAUGUUACAGGGACAGGAUGCUUGGUUAUGCGAAGAAAUUUUCACAUUUUUAGACCUCAUUAAUUAUGUCUUCUAGAAAUGUGAAAAUUGAUUUUUCCAUGCUUUUUCUUUGGUCAACAACCAAGCACAGCUCUCUAUAGUUAUUCACUACUCCGUGCAGGAAAGACUCUCUUUCUGUCUGGAGGGAAGGCUUUUUGGACUCAGGGUACCAUGAUACUUUCUGUUUUGUCGAGCCCCGCUUUGGUCUCUGGUUUGAUGGUUGCACGUGCUAAAAAUCCGGUACAUUCCGUUUUGUUUCCCAUCCCAGUCUUUCGCGACACUUCAGGUUUACUUAUUUUGUUAGGUCUCGACUUCUCCGCUAUGAUCUUCCCAGUAGUUCAUAUAGGAGCUAUAGCCGUUUCAUUCCUAUUCGUUGUUAUGAUGUUCCAUAUUCAAAUAGCGGAGAUUCACGAAGAAGUAUUGCGCUAUUUACCAGUGAGUGGUAUUAUUGGACUGAUCCUUUGGUGGGAAAUGUUCUUCAUUUUAGAUAAUGAAACCAUUCCAUUACUACCAACCCAAAGAAAUACGACCUCUCUGAGAUAUACGGUUUAUGCCGGAAAGGUACGAAGUUGGACUAAUUUGGAAACAUUGGGCAAUUUACUUUAUACCUACUAUUUCGUCUGGUUUUUGGUUUCUAGUCUAAUUUUAUUAGUUGCCAUGAUUGGGGCUAUAGUACUGACUAUGCAUAGGACUACUCAGGUAAAAAGACAGGAUGUUUUCCGACGAAAUGCUAUUGAUUUUAGGAGGACUAUAAUGAGGAGGACGACAGACCACUCACGAUCGACUAAAAGGAAAGUCGCCCGGAGAUAUUGGUUCAAAUCCAAUUCGUGAGAUAGCAAAGCGAUAAAAGGAAAGAAACUCUUUUCUUAACCAGCUACUUGACUCAUUCAAUAGCUGGAGUACGGAAAAGCUUAAAAAGGUAAUUCAGGCGCAGUUCUCAAGUAUAGUUGACUCAUCCGACUAAGAAUCCGAGUCCGACCCCGAUUUUUCCUUAAACCAACCCCAGACGCCCAAUGGGAAAUGUACUCAAUAGAUGCUCUCUUAGUGACUAAGGAAGUCAGGGAUGAGCAAGACAGACUUUUUCAAAAUAUGAUAUGAGGUAAAAUACCAGUGAGCGCCGCAGCAGCCCGGACAUAGACCGAAUUCGGGUCCUCAACUCUUGAGUAUAUUGACCACGGAACGGAACGGAAACGAUGUUAUAAAAAUACUUGUUACUAUCUUACGAGUGAGGUACUUGCAAACUAUACUUGAUAGAUCCUUAUCCAGUUCAACUUUCAAGAACUUAAGGAGAUCUUCGAGAAUAAAGGAAUAAACAUAAUUAAUUUUGUUAUCUUUAUUUGAGAUGAGGUUCGUUCUCUCUGCCAUGGUUUCAUCCAACAAAAAGUAACUCAUGAUCUGAUAGGCACUUGCUGAUGCGUCUUGGACAAUAGGCGUGGUUUUAAUAAUAUUUUUAUUUGAGAAGAAUCCUAAUAGAUUCCCGAGGAACUGAAAGGGGCGUUUAGCGGACCGAGCCUUCGCGAUAAGUUUCGCAUAGUUCUCACUACUGUGCUUGUAUUUUAUAAAGUUCUUAUAAAACCAUUUCAUUGCAUCUUUGAAACUCUCGAAUGACUGGUAAUGGAAGCUUGUAGCACAUAGAAAAUGGCUUUUCAUAGAAUCUGUAAUCUUCUUAGUUGAUUUCAAAUCAUCAGCAAAGACGAUCAGGCUUCUUGCUAGAUCACCCUCGUGUAAAUGCAAGAUCCCACUGCGGUAGAUUCUACCUCGGAAGUCGAGAAAGGGAGGCAAAAUUUAUAUCCAUCAUAGGCUGAUGCCACAUUAAUAAUAAAUUGCUCAUAACGAGCACGCUGUAUGUUAUUAUAUAAUGUAUUUAACAAAUCGCUCAAACUCUAUUUUUCGUUAAUAUCUACAUCUUUCAAGUGUAACACUCUAAGUAAGCUUAAUACCCCUUUUUGAUUCAUUGAGGCUAGAAAUUAUGGCAUGAGUAAAGUAAACCAUUUUCAACAAAUAAGUUAUAAUUAUUUUUGAAGAUAUUUCAACCAAUCACUGUUGAUUUGAAAGGCCUGACCCUGCAGCUUGUUCAUUACAUUACACAGAUCAUACUCAUUUGGUGGAAGAAAAAUAUUGAUAUUGAAGUGAUUAAAGUUUACGCUACUUAACAGGCGAUAACGAUCAUACAUAUCUAAUGUUGGACAACUUAAGUAACCCCCUAUAAGAUCGGACAUCUGGCUAGCAUUUUAACCAUCAUUGCGGGCAUUCCGCCACUCUAUAGGUGGGUAUACCAUAGGCAAGUUUAACUUGAUAGGUAGUAAUGAGAUGUAAAAAUAGCACACAGCGUACAGAGCGCUUGGAUGAAAAGAAGAUCCUUUCUUUUUAUUCACUUUAGUUGAAUUGCUCAAAUCACUUAUAAAAGUCAUCAAUCCCCUUUCCUCCAUGAAACUCACUAAGCUGGAACCGAUGGGAUUUCGUAGGAUUUUCCUAAAAAGGUGCCUCACCGAGUAUAAAUAUAAAUGGAUGAAACAACUCUAGCAUAUAAACUAGAGAACGACAGAUGUAUUCACUCUGUGUUUUUUCGAUCUUGUACCUUAUAGUAAUAGUACACUUAACACCAACCCAAUCUCAGACGGAUAAUAAACUCCUAUACCAGUGAUACAUUGACUAUAACUCUAAAGGGUACCACAAUGUGAGAUGUACUCAGGCGGAAAGCAACCUCGCUUAUAGCGUUCGUGACCAAUCCCCAUUGGUCACUUCACUCGUCUAGAAGACAGAGAAGAGUUAGAGCUUUAGUAGUAUACCUGGGAUGGGACAUUGUACUUUUCAUUUCCGUGACUGAGACACUGACUAAGAAGACAUGGACUUGAUUAUACUCUAACGGCUCACACAUAGUAUAGGGUACUUUUAUACGUUACCACCAGUUGCCACAUUUGCUUAUGAAACAAGAGCAGCUUAUCCCGAGGAGAACUGAGCAUAAGUCUGAUUUCUUAGGGUAGUCACUAAAAAGUUCUAUCGAGGCAGAAGAAAAAGAGCUAAGUUAUUAUCUAUAGCUUGGGAAUCUGUCUUAACCAGGGAAGUGAACAGCUUCACAUCUUACUGGGUGUGUGCCCGGCUAAAGGAAGAUCAUCUUUCUUCAUUGCUAGGAUCAACGGCAAAGAUCCCCCUAAAAUCUGAUUGAGGGCUCGAGCCUCGGGGUCUUGGAACUGAUUGAAAAAGGGAACUUUGUUACAACUUCACCUACCACCAAAGCAAUCUUUUACUAUUUAUUGGUAAAAGCUAGUCUGCCCAAGACAUGAGCUAGCUGAUGCUGGUCUGUGGCAAUUUAAUCCUCGGUUAGUAAAACUCGUUACUAAAGCCUUGUCUGUCUUAAGACCCCAUUCCUCAACAAUUGGGACAGAGCUCUCUAACUUACUUACCUUAUUUCCGAGUAGUUCCUAGGGGGUCAAGACCUUAAUGGACCACCAACCAAAUCCUACCUAAAAAACUGGGUUUAUUUCGAGAACGUGAUCUAGCUUGUUUUCCUGCCAAGAGGCCUGCUUGGUUCCUGGUUUCCCGUUCUCUUUGUCUAAGGCUAAGAAAGAAUUCUAUGGUCAUUUUCUCCGGAGCUCUAGUUACUAUCAUACCAUCGAAAUAGACGAGAGUUUUGGUAUAUCUUCAAUCAAGUAUAAAUGUUUUCUAUAAAGUCAAAGAAAUAAGUAUCCCUCCCCGAAGGUAAAAAUCAUGCUUUAAAAAUGCAAGGGAAAUAGUUAGUAUCCGGGCUUGCACCCCUAUAAUUCUUUAUCUAACUCGGUACCUUGCUUGACUUGAGGGCACGGCACUUACUUGCUAGUAAAAGUCUUCAUAAUAAAUCACUAUUCUAAAUGUCUCCUUAUGGUUGAGUUAGGUGGGAGUCCCUCUUUAUAACCCAAUAACAUAACCCUCUCCCCAAGGGUUAGGCCUAUUCGAAAGAAUAACUUCUUUCACUGGUAUGGAAGAGUAGGAGGGGUAGGCCAUGGGCUUUGCUUAACUAAUUUUUUUUCGUUUCUUUCCCUUUCCCCUGUAGUGAAGCAGGAACUCAGAGUAACAUUGCUAUCUAAUCGAUUUUCGAAAGAGCAAACUUCAUUCAUUUAACGCAAGUAAGCGAUAGGCGAUGUGGCAUACCUUUUGGCACUACCUCCAGCGCUCUCCUGAGUUCACAAAGUAUUCCACGUAUCCAUGCUGAGGAAAUACGUACCGUCCGCCAGAGCAUAUCUGGUUGAUAGAGGAUAUGGUUGUAGAUAAUAAAUUAACUUAUGAAGAACGCCCGGAGAAGAUUGUUGACAGAAAGGAUCAGGUACUCAGGACGCGCACAAUUCCAUACGUCGUGUAGGAAUCAUUCCGAGCGCGAAGCUACAUGGGAACUAGAGGAGAAGAUGCGGGAGGAGCACCCUCACCUUUUCGACACGCCAGGUAAGAGUUUUGUCAUCAAAACUAACACUUAAUGAUUUUAAUCGAUGUGGAUAUAGUCUCGCACCUUUCUAUAGGUUUUCCAAGUAUCUAUCCCUCGGUAUGGUCGUUCCCUUGGACCCUAACCUAACAUAAAAGGUCGUGUGCCAUCCCGCUUCUGCCAGAAUCGAAGCCAAUACCCUUAAGAGGUAUAGAGGUCAACGAUGGAAGGUACCUAGGAAGCAGAACUCGCCAAGAGUCUGAGAUCUGAUUGAACAAUUGUAAGAUUUUAAUCAUAUCAAAUGCUCUUUCAGUCUGCAGAAACUUGGGAGGGGUCACAAUAGAAUCAAGUAUUCUCACACUUAAUCGCUUUGCCAACGGUAUGACCCGUGACAAAGUGAAUAAAAGAAGGAUAGAUAUAACUGAACUAAUGUGUCCGCCUUAUCAUCCUUCCUCAUUAUCACCUUACGGUGAAAUGAAGGAAUGAUCCUAGGUAGACCAUUCCGACUGAGGGAGACGAAAACUGGUAGUCUCUCAUGCUCGUAAGGCGGCCCGGCGUAAACCUGUUGAAGGCAAACGCCACACUGCUUUAAAUAAAGUGCAGUAGAUAAAGGACCGGACUUACGGUAUAAUUGACGUACCUGUUUCGCAAACAAGUGCGCAGCUAUACAGUUCUCCUUUGAAAGGCCAUCAGUGACCUUUCAGAAAGAUUCCGGGUUCAUUCCACUGAAACUAGCUGGCAAUAUCUUAUAAGUGCUAUUCCCUCUCAGCUUCAAAAGGGCUUACCCGAGGAGAGUACGGGGCAUCUCUAUGGUUCCAAUAUGGUAUCGCAGAGUUCGUCGAUCUUCUUCUGACUAGUGCCGCGCUGUCAAACAUAAAUAUAAUACAAUAUCGGGAAUCUCUUUGACCUUAAAUGUGUCUAGGGUAGGGACCUAUCUUCUUCGUAGUGGGCCCUUCUCUCUCUUAGUAUGAGCCCCGGAACUGCUUGUUAUACAUACCGCCAGCUGUCUUUCCCGGCGCUUCUGCUUUCUGCCAUAGAGGUGUGAGGUUAAGAAUGAUCGAAAUAAGACACGAUAGAAGGUGGGUGACUAAAUGGGAGCAUUUCCUUUCUUGCCCGGUAAGCUCCUAUCGUGGUUUUCGAUUGUCGAUUGCUUUUGUACUUUGACCCUUGGCUAGUUCACUGAGCUAUAUCGGGGACUUAGCGUUCGACUGUUGCCAACUCGGGGGUUUAACCCGAGAACUUCUGUUCUGAGUGGUUGAUUAGAGUUAUAGGAGAGCGAGAAGCGAAGCUAAAGGACUACUAGAUAGCUGACUUUUUUGUACUUGACUUUAUAGGGACUCAUAAGUAAUAGGUAUUUACAGUUACUUAGGCAGACAAUGAAGAAUGAGAGAACCAAUAUAUGCAAUACAAUAGUUGGAUAUAGUCCAUCAUUUCGGCUGUUAUGAAAAGAAAGAUGAAUACAAACCAUAACUGAUGAGGACGCAUUCUCUAUCAGUUCUGUGCUAUCAGUUGGGCUCAAAGGUUCAAGUCAGGGGUCAUUCCAAGGGAAGGAUUCAUUCGAAAGCACAGAUUCAGUCCACCCGAAUGGUCGAGUGCCAAUAGAUAGAUCAAGUAGGGGCUUCCCUUUCCUUGCAAUGAACCGAGUUCGUGCUUUGGGAUUCCUUAACAAACAAAGCGAGUUGAGCACGAAGACUUUUUCGGAGAUGACUUCUGUCAAUAGGCAAGUAGCGCCCAAUCGAGCGAGAGAAGAUAGCCCUGGGAAUUAUUUCACAUCCCUAUAGCCAGAGUCAGUCGUUGGAGUUUAUCCCUUUAUAGACAAUGAAAGUCUCCCUUCAUCUCGACUAGUCCUUCCUUGUUAUUGCCGUAGCUGUCCCGCUAACGGUAGUCCCUGCCCCUAGAGAUUUUCAAUUGUAGUUGCUUUUGCCCUUGCUUGAACUAGCUAACUUUAUCCUCCAAUGGAUAAAAUACCGCUUUAUUACUAUACGGUUAUACAGCUUCUAAAGAAAGAGGAGAUAACUGGGUAAAGUAAGAGUCUUGUAUUAUAUACCAGGGAGAAGCUAAAGUCCAAAACGAUUCCUCUCCUUGUCAAGCAGAAAAUCCCUAGCCAUAGCUUUCACGGUCUUACUCGCUGGCAACAGCCGCUGCAAGCAGAGGGGCUUCAGGGAUUACCUCAGCUCAGUGGAAAGCGAAGGGUAAAAUCCUUGAGAAGGCGAUGGAAUGGAACUGCUUAUCUCGGAAAAUUAAGAGAAACUUAACUUACUAGCUUGCCUGAUCCCUAUUGACCCAAGAGACUUAAAGGCUUGAAAGUCAAGACACUGCGCUUAACCGGAAAUAAAUACCUCACUAAACAUUAUAAAGAAAACUGCCUUGCAGACACUCCUGACCACUCUUAUAUCUAUCCUUAAUGGGGGAUUCGCUUACACAAGGAAAGCCUUGCUUCUUUCCUCUCCAAUAUAUUAUUUUCUUAGUCUCGUUCUCGUCUCUAUCUCUUAGGUCAAGCAUCUUCGGGAAUACCCGUCCCCGUCUUAGUCGAAUACCUUUUCAUUCCUUCCGCAAGUUCGUAUCUUAAUCAUCCCUUGUCUUUCUCCCGGGCGAGCUUCUGCUUUCUAUUCUUACUCUCUCUCAGCAGCAAGACCGUAGAAUAGGAGAACCACUAGAUCCGCUGCAAUCCCAGUUGCCAGUUGACUCAACAAAGAAUCUACUUUGUUUGCUUUGGUGCUUUCUUUUAUGCCCUUCCUCGCCACCAAACCGGAUAUCGUGAUCUUUGAUCUAGGUACUUGACUUCCCCCUCUUCCUAUGUAAGGGGCGAGUAGCCUAGCCCAUCUCCUCAGACUAGACUGAGCUGAAUUGCCAAUCCUUUGAGCCGCUUCGCUCCUUGGGAUGCCGGAAUCUCGAAAAUAGAAGAUGAGUAUGAAACUAGAGCCAUCUCCUUUUUGCAGGGGAAUCUCCUUCGGUUGAUUAUCUGGUUUCGGAAUAUGCAUUUCAAAACCUUUUUCUCUCGUACCCAUUUCCCUAAACUCCGGUGAUCUAGCUUUGGCUUAUGCCAUUACCGCUAAACCCGAUUCUUCUCUUGAUCCGGAUCCUUAUUCUUUCUUUUUGUGACUUCUUUAUUUGAAUGACUCCUUUCCCUACCGGUGAUGAUAGAUAUUUUCUUUCACGGUUCCACUCCGGGACAGCUUUCCUUGCCUUUCCUGCAUUACCGGAUGGAUUGCUUUUCUGCAGUAACCUAGAUUCCUGCAGCUGCAAAAGAAUCAGGUUUUUCGAUCUGGUCUAGUUCAAUUCUUUCGAUCUCUCCCCUUUCUGUCGAAGUAAAGCUAGAAACCGCUCCUAUAGCCCAUGGGAAGGAAGGGAAAUCUCAAGAUUAGGCUAGGCUACUACUAAGACUGGUUUAGUUGAGUGAAACGACUGCUUGGUCGAGCGAAAACUAUCCUAUCGCUUUCCCAGCUUCCCCAAAGCCAUCAUUUUUAAGCUGAUGACAUUGAUGAGUGAUCCAACAGUCUUGAGUGGUAGUUCUCAAAGGAGAUGGGAUCCGAGAAGUAGGGAAUGAAUCCUUACAGACGUAUAGAAGGAAGAGGUACGAGAAGACGAAGAAGGUACAAAUAGAAUACUUGUAACGAGCCGGAGAGGUGGAAUGAGGGGCAAUUUUCUACUCUGAUUAUCUAUCGGGUAUGAAUUCUAAAGUAAGGAAUAGUACCCUAUAAAAGAUAGGCUAACAGCACAAACCAAGGGGGCCCACUCCGCCGCUCCCCCUUCCCCAGCCAGUAACCUUCCAUAGCCUUGAUGUCCAGACUGGGGCCUCUUUUCUUAGUGCUAAGGCUAAGCAUUAAGAAAAGACUUUGAAUAUCGAUGAACUCGUCUAUAUGCUUAACACUGGCAAUUCAUCUGCGCCUCCUCCUGUUGACAGUAGUAGUGCAGACCCUGCUUAGACAUGCCUUGAUGCGAGGCUGGUCCACGGCGAACGAGCAACUAUUAUAAAAAAAGCAAGACUUUUCUUAUUUUUUGAUUCUAUAAUCUCUAUAAAGCCCAUCCAGAGUCUUAGGAUGGGUUUUCAGGUGAGUUAUCCAAUCACCGUGCUCGGAUAUGGUCCCCCCAAUUUCCAAGCUUGAGAUAAUAUUGUCAGCAGCUUGGGAGUAUACGGAAUUGCGUUCCUCUGAGUAGAAACUCGAUUUAGGUCCACCCUGCUCACAAAAAUGGCGGAGCUGCUCCCGAACCAAAGUAUGCAGCUCUCUUUUUUUUUUUAUAAGUUCUUCUGGAUCCAAAUUUGGAUCUACAUAAGUUUGGGCGGAGUCGACCGCCUCCGUGUGGGAGGGCGGCCCAUUGACUGAGGAGGACGACGAAUCGAGCGCCGGUUCUAAUAGGACGCGCUCCUCGAAGCUUGUCCACCCCUCCCCCUCCACCGGGGUCGAUGCGACCGAACCCCUAUCCUCCGAGACGGAAAGGAGGGUCUCCUCGAAGUGGGGGAAUGCGCGGAGCCAAGAAUCUCCCUCAGUCAGAUAUAAACCCUUGGCUUGCAAUAUCAGCCGUAAAAAACUCAGAGCCAGUUCGAAAUAGAUUGAUAUCUUAUUCGAACUUAAUGCACAAAUAGAUGGAAUAGCAGCAAAUAGCAUCUUUCUAGCUUGCAUAUGCGUGGAACUCAAUCUCAUUUAGAAAGGUUCUAUCUAUCUUUCAGCAACUAAACGGGAAGUGGUUUAGGAAAGGACUUUAGAAUCAAUCGGAUGCGCUCGCCCAGCGAUAAAGGCCCCGACCCUGCCCUGCCAACCAAGUAAAAAUAAAAAAUAAAUAAAGAAGAGAACGAAAGGAGAAAAGAUAACUUCGUAUUUUGGUAAUUCUCUAGGAGUCAUGUUUAACCUUGAAUGCUAUUAAUAAAUUCUACAGCAAUAGUCCCUCGGACUCGGAAAGUUAUAACGAAAAUGGCUAACCCAAUAGCUGAUUCCGCAGCUGCCACCGUUGAAACCAAUGAAGCAAAUGAUUGACCCAUCAUAUCAUCCGAAGAUCCGGAAGAGCUCUGAUUCCCAGUUCGUUAAUCAAUAGAAGAUACCCACGGGUUACUUCCUUUAUACACAGGAACGGAACGAGACCAUUCAACAUCCGAAGGACUCUACCGCUGGAACGACCGAUGCCUGAUUCAUUGCUCGCUCACAACCCCGGUUUGCACUCCGAUAGAAAAAAGGAAGGGAGUUGAAGAGUCAGAAAAGGGCUUACCCUUAGACCUGACCAAGAUAAGUAAAACCGGUAGCCGAAAGAAAGGUCCCUCGAGCUUUAUUAGUAGUUACACGAGUGCUCAGAUCAAUACCGAAACACAUAUAGAGUGCCUGGUCUUUAAGCCCGAUAAUGCCACAAAGAAAGAGCACAAGCAGGAAUCCCUGCACCGAAUCCAUACCGAAGAGACUUGAAAAGGUCUCAAAGAGACGAUCUACACCGAAAAGACAUUAGGAGCACUCAUUCCUUGUACCCGGGGAACUUAUUCAUAAGGGAUCUACACCAGAAAAGGAGUUUACGGCCGGUUCCCAUAUAGACACUAUGGCCCACCCUUUCUUUGAACCUUGUCAAUGAUCGAACUUAAAGAUAUGAACUGAGUGCCAUUUGAUGAGUAACUGAGAACAAGGGAGAGGGAUAUGGAAAGGAUGAAGUAAUGAAAGACGAAGUCAUUGCUAGUAGUAACGACUUGUCACGAUCCAUUGGUUCAUAUAAAAUCCAUGUCCUAGGUGUAUCAAAAAACAUUCUUUUCGCUAAGCGUAUAUAAUAAAAUAGAGUGAAAGGUCCACCCCGAAAGGGGGUACUAACUAACAGCUGAGUCCUCUCCGAACCGCAGGAGAUAGUUGCCCAUCAUACGGCUCACCAACUGAACUUGCCUCUAUGGGAGACUCGCUCCGGGCAGGUUCGGAUUACAAUACACGGCUCUACGAAGGAAAGGGUUGGUGGGUUGGGAACGUUUUAAAUAUUAUUCUUUUUCCGCGAUGAGAAAUGCAAGACGAAAAAGGAACCCAUCUUUUCGACUGGGAAAUGCGAGUCUGUUUUGUCCACUUUCUCCAUCCCUCUCUAUCAAAAUGAUAAAAAAGGAAGGCGAGCUUGCUUCUUAUUCUCGUGUUCGAUCUCUUCCAUCUCUGCCCCGCUCGUUGUCACCUAUGUUGAAGAAAGGUUUGGAACCCUGUAGAGAAUGAGGAGGGGCCAAGGAUCUUCCUCUCAACAGUGCUUCUCGGGGCUCCACUCUCCCCCCCCCCUUAAUAAGUAAGGCCCCGUUAGCCUGGGCGAGGGGAUAGGGAAUAAGGAUGGAAGCCCCCUUCACUCUGCCAGGGACUGGACAGGGGUUAGCUCUGUAAAUGUGUAGAGCCGAGUGUAGUGUGGUGUAGUAGUUGGCACUUCUAGGCCCCUUCCCGGCUACUGGACCACUCCAGUUCUUUGGGUACUACGGACCCUCUGCCAUCCAUUGCAGCAGAGCCGUUUCAUGAGCGGGGGGGGGCUAAGCGCAGUUAUUUGAAUCAAACGUUGAAUGAAAUCGAUUCUUUUUUAGAUAUAAAAAUAAAAAUCGGAUAGGAUAGAUGGAUGGAUCUAUCUUUCUAUUAAUAUAUAUAUAUGACUAAAAAAAAUGGAUUUAUUUAAGUAGCGUAGCAAGAAGCCCCCAAUCCUUGAUUUGGCCAGGAAAGACUGCACUGCUUUGGGCCCAGGAAGCGAAGGGAAUGAGCUCGGCUGCUUAUCCUCCACACUUAUUUUUUAUCUCCGUGCCCCUUUCGCAUGCGCUUCGCGCGCCAUUGGCGCUUUGCUCUCCUCUUAUUCUUCAUUGGACGGUUCGGAUGGACUUCGCCGUUCUUUCCCAACAAAAAUAGAAAAGGCUGUAUCACAUCGAGAUGUCGAUUCGUUUUCCGCCCCCAAUGAGAUGGGGAAUUUGUAACCCCCUAUUUUUACUUUUGUUUGGACCCUUCAUCUUUCUGAAUGGAGGCCCGGCUCGCGUCGUUCCAACAACCGGCGGGGAGCACCUCAGUAUACGAUCGCGCGCAGUAACUGGGAGUCCUUUUUUUUACACCUAAGGCAAACUUCAAUUCACCAAACCAAGGUUCAUCUCGUGUAGUGAUUGUGGACUCGUACAAGGAUAUUGAGUAGACGGUUGAUGUUUCAGACUCGACCCUAUCUUUCGUAGCAUGCAUUCCCAUCGGUGUCGCAACUGAUUCGGUAAGCUACGUGUCCGGUGCACGGAGAACUGCCUUCGGUCCCCCAAACUGACUGACUCGUGGCAACCUUCCGGCCGCCCAACAACCUAUAACGCUAGUCACUACUCCCACUGGGGCUAGGAAGUAAGCCCCACAACCCAAAGCGGCGAAGAACAAAUAGAAUUUGCUACAAAAGCCGGCUAACGGGGGUAUUCCUACGUAUGAGAACAUAGUAAUGGAGAAGGUUAUAGCCGAAAUAGGAUUCGUUUUGGCUAGAGCGCCCAAAUCUGCUAUAUAUUUGACACGGGUUUGCCGUAAUGCUAAAACUAUGGCGAAUGCAUCUAUCGUCAUUAAUGCAUAAAUAAAGAUACCAAUUAGUAGUGAUUGAAUUCCUUCUAUGGUUCCACAUGAGAACCCAGUACGAAUAUAACCUACAUGUCCAAUUGAACUAUGAGCUAGAGGUCUUUUUACUUUCGUUUGGGCCAUGGCGGCCAGUGCUCCUAAAAUCAUAGAAGCAAUGCUGCAGAAACAGAAGAUUUGUUGCAAUGUAGCUCCAUAGGAACCAUAAAUAGAAACACGUGAAAUAUUAGCAAAAAUAGAAAUUUUAGGCGCAAUAGAAAGGAAUGCUGUAACCGGGGUGGGUGAACCCUCAUAGAUAUCAGGUGCCCACAUAUAUAGAGUCAAAAGAGAUAUGGAGUCCGAAGGGGAGGGGGGUUUUAUUCGGGGCUUGAGAGAUGGAAUAGAUAGGGCCCAAAAAGUGUUGAAUUCGCCGCUGGGGAAUUAACACGAAAGGGAACGAAGAAUUCUCGACGAAAAAAAAAGUGCUCUCUGAACCGAACGUGAAAGUAGUUUUCCAUCAGACGGCUGUUCCCGUAACUCCACUCUCCACUUGGAUUAUAUAUCCAAAAAGGUCCGCUCUUGGCCAUUCCACACGCUGCCUAGCAGAGGCGUGGUUAUCUAAAGUGGAUUCUCUCUUUUUUAGUAGAUGCCGAACCUGCUGCCCCAUUGACUAAGAAGGGGGCGGACGCACUACAUGGACCCCUUCCUUUCUGUUGUUGCCAGCGCUUUCCCGGGCCGAGAUAUAAAGGGCAGGCAACGAAGGCUGCUAUCCCAAUAGGCCUGCGGGCGGAACGAGGAGAGGGCCCGGCAAUCAAAUCAUACCACCGCGGUCGAAAAAGCGUGUUCCCUUCAGAUAACACGCACCGUAGGCCAUCCUCGGCCUUCUUCGUUUUCGAUGAAAAAGAAAAAAAAAUCUCGAUCUCCGAAAGCGUUUUCCUUCCCCCGCCGCAUCUCCCUCCCUUCGUCGAGCCUUUACUUUAAUGGUUGGGGGAAGCAUUCCCUUAUCUGAACUUGGCGGGCAUUCUUUCCAGCCUUAUUCAAAUGGGGGGGUGAGUUUGGUUGGUUUGAACAUAGGAUAGGCUAGGCUCAAACAUUAUUUUCAGAUCCUAGCUACGCCAUACGUUCAAUACAUAAUAUGGAAAGCUGCAGGGAUGACAAAAAGAGGGCGCUUUCCUGUGUUGCACUGAAAAAAAAAGAAACCUAACUAAGUAAGAGAGAGAGAAGAUGGAUCCUAUCCCCUAUAUCGAACACUAAAUCCUAUCUAUUGAUAGAAAGAUCUUCGUCAAAUACCGGACUUUGCCUUUAGGAAUUCCUCAGACUCAUAUCCAAGGCAGCUUACCACAAGCACCCCACCCCAUACGACUAGUUGGGGUUCGCCUUUUUAAUCAAACAAAGUCAGUAUAAGUAGUAGGGGCUUCAUAGCUACUUUCAUUCUAAAGGAAACCGAAGAACCAACCUUUAGUCAAUAGGAGCCCUACUUCCCUCUUUGCGACCUCAUCACUUCAAAGCGCAAACCCAUUUCUUUCUGAGUCACCGGGCGGAGCGCACCUUUGGUACUUCAGUAGGGCGAGCUUUUUGAUAGUUACUUCUUUUGUUUGGUAGGGCGACGAAAGAAAGGCUACUUCAAUCUAGGAAACUCGAGAGGGUCGCCUUUGGAAGCGUUUGCCGGUAACCAAAGCGUAACUCCUUCCUUUUGUUUGAUUAUGUCGUGACGCUGACUGAAUCCAAUCCAUAAACCCGGAAACGAAACUAAGUUCGUUCCCUUUCGUCAAGUAGGUAAAGUAGGCAUACGAACCCACCCACUUUUGCUUUGCCUUAGACUAUAUUGGAACAAAGCAAAGAAGGAGGCGGAAUGGAGAAAGGACAAGGGCGGUCUUGCUUGGCGCAAAGGCUGCUGGUUCGGGGGUAGGGUACGGUACUAAAGGUCCUCGGACUUCCAGGCGGUUUUUCUUUUGGACAGCUGUUCACCGUUGGAUCUCGCCAAUACAGCCCCCUAUUGUUUUCGUUACCGAGAUAUCU